AUAGUUAUUGUUCUGACUAUAGCAGAAAUUUUAAAAAAUCAAUUGAUUUUGUUGAAUUAUGUUUUUUUCAUUCAUUCAUAUAAAAAAUGACUGCAAUAUGUUAAUUUAUUUUAACAGCAAUAGCCACUGUGUCAGUGUAUUCCAUUUUACAAAGAUAGGUUAGACCACGGUUAGACCCACAAAAACUAUCAACAGUGUCAGCUGGCAGCAACGCAUGCGCGUAUAUAACGCGUACAUAAUGCGCAUGCGUUAACCCGUACACUACCUGCAACAGCGCCGCUCGAGAGGAACCCUCUUUCCCGACACUUUUACGGACGUGCCCGAUUGCCGAGAUUGGACUCUUUCCCUAUAGUCUCCUUGCCCUGGCUGCUCCUCAGAUUGCUACUAGAACCUCUCCCCACCACGCGCUCCGUCAUUCCCGUUCAUCCGCUGACCUGACCAAUCGAACGGAACAGCAGCAGUAGCAGCAGCAGCAGCAAAGACACCGGGGAGAUGUAUGACAUUCACAACGGGUAUUCCUUUCCACUCGUAUCCUCUUUUCGUCGUUGCGGUAUUAUUCAUUGAACCGUUAUCCCAACCAACUUGAGCGUUCGUUUACUUGUUCGCCCAUCAGCUAUAUUUAAAAAUCAUUCGUGUCUUAUAUUCCGUUGGUUAAUCGUCUCUGUUCGUGCGACAUGGAACAUCAUUCGAAGACAAGUACAGUAACUUGCGUAGCGCCGGUUAAUAUUGCGGUUAUCAAAUACUGGGGCAAACGCGAUGAUGAACUUAUCCUACCGAUCAAUGAUUCCAUCAGCGCCUCGUUGGACAUUGAACAGCUCUGCGCAAAAACUACGGUCAUGACGAGUCCCGAUUUCGAAAAUGACCGUAUUUGGUUGAACGGCCGGGAAGCGUCCAUGGACAAUAAGAGACUGCAAAAUUGUCUGCUGGAAGCUAAAAAUAAAAGUGCGUUGUCGAAGGAUGAAAUGAAAUCGUGGAAAGUGCACAUAUGCUCGGUAAACAAUUUUCCAACAGCCGCCGGAUUAGCAUCGAGCGCGGCUGGUUAUGCCUGCUUGAGCGUUGCGCUCGCAAAAUUAUUCAAAUACGAGGGUAACGUAAGCGCAUUGGCGAGGAUCGGAUCGGGCUCGGCGUGCAGAAGUACGUACGGAGGAUUCGUCAGAUGGUAUAUGGGGGAAAAGCCAACGGGAGCGGACAGCGUAGCGAAGCAAAUAGUACCGUCCUCGUAUUGGCCGGAAAUGAGAAUAUUAAUAUUGGUUACGAGCGAAGAUAAAAAGGCGGUAUCGAGCGCUAUUGCAAUGAAAAGAGGUGUAGAAACGUCUGAAUUUUUGAAAUAUCGGGCGAAAAGCAUUGUUCCGAAGCGCGUCGAGGAGAUGGAGAGGGCAAUAAUGGAAAAAAAUUUCGUACGAUUUGCCGAAUUGACAAUGAAAGAUUCCAAUUCGUUUCACGCUGUCGCCGUAGACACCUUUCCUCCUUGUCAUUAUCUCAAUGACGCCUCACGAGCUAUAAUCGAUUUGGUUCACGCGUACAAUUCCGCAAUUGGAUCAACCAGAAUCGCUUACACCAACGAUGCCGGACCAAACACGGUUCUUUAUCUAUUGGAAGAAGACGUUCCUCGAGUCAUCAGCGUCAUUCAACACUUUUUGCCUCCAGCUAUCGAACAAGCCCCCUAUCACCAGGAAAAAUAUUUUCGCGGUGAAAAAAUCAUUCCUGCCGAGCUGUCCCAAAAUUAUUUACUAAAUAUUCCUUUCUCCGUACAAUCAGCAGGUUUAUUGAAAUAUAUUAUAUAUACUCGCAUAGGCGAUGGUCCCAAAUACCUCGAUGAUCCUAAUCAACAUUUGCUUGAUAAUCGAGGAUUUCCCAUCAUCCCAUGAUAUUUAUUACUUUUUCACUGGCGCUGGCACUCGCUUAUCCGCGCAUCUUAUUCCACUGUGAAAUUCAACGAUCCUUCUAAUUAUUAUGGCGCGAAUAAACGCUCUCGUUAUUAUGAUUUUAA